GCAGCGUUCCCGAAAGCCAACCUUUAUCGGGACUUAAAGAACCAAACUGCCUUUGGGAAUUUUCAACUAGACCAACACAAGAAGUUAGUAGGAACUAAGAUCGCCUCUUCCCUUGUUUCAGACAUAAUUGACUGCACGUUCAACUGUGUAAGUGAGACCCUGUGCAAAUCGUUUAACAUCGCGGCCAGUCCUGACUCUGAAAAUCUUUAUUUGUGCGAAUUGCUAGACAUCGACAAACAUAGAGUUUCCAUAGAUGAUCUUCAAGUGAACUUCGCUUUUAAUCAUUACAGCCCUUGGGUAAGUUGAAUGUUUUUUGUUUUUCUUAUAUCCUAUAUUGUAAAGUUGAGUAACUCAAACCUGCAAAUGAACGUGUAAACAAUGAUGGCUUCUAGAAUGAAGAAGUUGAAAGAGACCCAUUACAAAUACUUUUAGUAAUUUAGGAUCUAAAUAUGUCAGCAAUUCUGAUGAUGAAAUUUGCGUCCUGUUAUUCCUUUGUCCCUAUUUAUUGUAAAGAAACUUGCUUAAUUUCACAUUGUUUUAUUGGUUUGACUAAAUUCUCUACUCGCGGUUCCUUAAUUAAAUAGUAAUGAUGAUAAUUUUUUCAGAGACUUUACCAUGCAAAUUAACCCACUGAAAAUCGCAGCUUUACUCAAAUCCAGUGGCGCCACUAUUAAAAAAGCGACGCAGUAGAGCCCCGAAAAAAAAAAAACGCAGUAAAUACAAGAAGGCAGUGGUGGAACGCUUCACCUUAAAAAUAAGCGGUCUCAACCUUUAUGAUCAAUGUUUUUCCAUCAAGUGUGUGGCCACAUACAACCAACCAAUUCUAAACUAGUACUGGUGAAGAAGGCCUAAUGUUCGGAAAGUUGAGAAAGAUGUUUAUCCAGUCAGUGACAUAGGUUCGAUUCCUAUUGGGAGAACUCGGAUUUUUCACCUCUUCCGACACAGCCAUCUUGUCAUUCAUGUCAGAUUCACCAGGCUUAAAACUCACCAUCACUUUUCUAUCAUUGCUCGAAAAAUUGUAUUGUUUAUUUAACAACUGCACUCAGGUGAUAAAACCAAAACUUACAUGUGCAAAAGUUAAUAGGGUGUAGUCGCUAACUUUGUUUUUACUUCGUUUACCCAUAGUAUCCGUGCGAGCCAGGAUUAGUUGGAUUUAACUGCGAUCGUCAAGGUAAAGCAUCGGAGAUCGGAGAAUUCUCCGUCUACUACGCAUAAUACUCCGGCUAAAUUUCAAUGAAGUUAUGGCCAUUUCUACUACCGUCCUGUUAACCAUUUUUGUAUUUUUGUUCGAUUGUAUAUGUUAGUAUUAGUUCAUUUGUAUCAGUUAUGUAUGGUUACGAACUGUGAUUAACGAUUAAAGAUUAAAGAUUAAUGCCGAUUCCUCGUCUAAAUCCACAGCUUUCAGUUAAAACUAACAACACCAUUGAAAUACAUAUUGACAUAUAAUAAACAGAUUGAGCACGGGAUAAAAGCGAAUCAAGCCUCCGUUUACACACUUAAAAAAGGUACGGUUGAGCUACCCAUGGGCAAAUGGCUGUUGCCCACGGGGAGACUAAAUUUCGCGUGCGACUGUUUUUCUCUAGGUGAAAUUGCCAGAAGUAUCCAUGAAAACUUCCGAGGUAAGUUCUUAUCGGCUCAAGCAAUCACGAGAAAGUGAAAUGUAUUUGAAAAGUAAAAGUAAUAAUUCCAACUAAUAAUUCCAAACACUGGAUUCUGGAUUCUUUGUCAAUGGAACUUGGAUUCCGGAUUCCAAAUUCGGAGAUUCCGGAUUCCACAAGCAAAAUUUUUCCCGUAUUUCGGAAUCCAGAUUCCCUUACAUGGAGCGAAUGUUUCCUGUGGUGUAGGUAUUAUCGUUAAGUUUUGAGAGACAACUGUAUACGAUUGGCCAUUGGCAGACUUACUGUAUAUGGUGAUUAUUGAUUGUUUAAUCGUUUAUUUGUUUGGUUGUUGUUGUUGCUGUUUUCACACUUUCUGUUCUAGGAUAAAACCCGCUAAUCAAUAUGCUCAGGACUUAACGCAAAGCUAAUUGCCCUAUUAUGUAUUUCUCUUUCCCAUUUAGGUGAAACCUGCAGCGAAAUAAAAUCUCGUAGCACUCAAGCCCUAAGUGGUUCUUACGUCAUUGAUCUCGACGGCGAAGGAGGAUACAAUUCCUUCAGCGUCUACUGUGACAUGAUAGACAAGAAUGGCGUUGGUGUGACUAUACUUAGUCACGACAGUGAAGAUAGAACUCUGGUAGAUGGUUUCGAGGAAAAGGGAAGUUAUGUGCGAAAUGUUUAUUACAUCGGGGUAGGAGUGAGCAGGGUCGCGCAAAUAUCUGGCAUUCCGAUGGUCUCUGCAUAUUGCGAGCAGUUUAUCAAAUACGAGUGUAAAGGCAGUCUGCUUUUCCGCUCUGCACCAGCAGGCUGGUGGGUAUCACGUGACAGCAUUCAGAUGUUGUAUUGGGGUGGAGCCUCUCCAGAUGAUUUCAGAAAGUGCGCAUGCGGGGUUGCAACCCCAAACACAUGUGUAGAUACCUCAUAUAGCUGCAACUGUGAUGCAAAUAUUGGCAGUUACUGGCAUGAGGAUAGUGGGAAUCUCACUAACAAAAAUCAUCUCCCUGUGAUACAAUUAAGGUUUGGGGAUACCGGAGACGGUGAUGAGGCUGGCUAUCAUACGCUUGGGAAACUAAGGUGUUAUGGAAUGGCUUAG